GCUCAGCAUCAAAUCCAGCACCUGCUGUGAGAGGAUCCCAGCCUGUAUGGCUCACUCUGCUGAAACAUCUCCACUUGUCUGCUUAUGUAGUUUAGUUCACAUGAAAUGAGGAGGAUACAAAUUAACCAAAGACCUUUCCAAGACACAGAGAGAGGGGCAGAGGGUAUUCGCCUCCCGGACCAAAACCACAAGAUGAUGUGAGAGGCUGAGAAGCUCUUUUCUCCAUUUUGACUGACUGUGAGAUGUGCUGGUUGGACCCACACUGACUCCUCUGUGUCUUCCUGAAUGGAUGAGGACACGUGUUGGUGUUGGAGCUGCACAGACUGGAGGUGUGCUGUAGCUGGAGAGCUUCGACUCAUGUGCCCAACUCAGCGAGUCAGGGCAAAAGAGGGUGAAAGUGUGACUCUUCCUUGUCGUCUGGAUCAACGGAUCGACUUGUCUAAAGACACAGUGGACUGGACCAAACUCUACCCCGAGGAGACCGUCCACGUCUAUCGAGGUGGACAGGACGAUCCUGAUCCACAGAGUCCACAAUACAGAGACAGGACGACUCUGAACCGUGAGGACCUGAAGACAGGAAACCUGGCGCUGCACAUCUCCUCAGUGAAGCAGUCUGACAGCGGGACAUACAGAUGUUACAUCCCAAAGAGGGAAAAGUGCUAUACUGUUGACCUUCUCAUCGAAACACCAAGUCAGUUGGUUGAGACAAAUACGUCUCCUCCAGCAGAAGGUGGUCCGUACCACUGGGCUGCUGUCAUUGCUGUCGUCCUCUUUGUUCUUCUGGUACUGAAGAAAACAAAAAUCUGGGAUUGUGUGAAGAGGGUCUGCAGAAGGUAGAGGCUGAACAGAGCAGCUGAGGGGGACGAGGACCACGACAGGCAGGAAGAAAAGUGAUGGUCGACAGUCAGCUGCAGGACACGCCGCCUCCACCUGUUUGAUCAAAGUGUUUACUGGGCCGACAACCAUUAAACCUCCACACGCGUCUGCUGGACCUCAGACACCAAACAACAUGAAAGCUGCUGCUCAUCAUUCAGCGUUAAUCUGGACAAUCCAACUCCCACUUGCACUACAGUAAAUACUGCACAUUGUCACAUUUUUAAUUUUAUUUUUUUAUAAGGUUUAUUUAAUUAUUUAAGUUUAUUUAUUAUUUAUUAUUUUGUAUCUAUAAAUGCCCAUCGUACUUGUGGGAGGAGUGAACAUCUUCCUCAGUGAUGCAGCGCCUCCUGCUGGUCUUUGCCUUACACAAACGUGUUGUCACUCUCAUCGGUACCAGCGCUUUUACUUUUGUAGAGAGGAGGUGAUGACAGCAAAGUAAGAAACAAGUUUAUUUGAAAAUGCAAUAAAUAUUGUAUAUUUACAUUAAGGAAUAUGGUAAUCAUAGUUAAUGAUCUAUUUUUAUGUUGUAAAAAGCCUGUAAUAUAGGAAAGAGAAAUGAUUAUAACAAUGUUCCAGUCGCUGAGCCUCGGUCUGAUAGAGCGGACUGUGCAGCACUGCUCUCCAUGUUUGGCCACGAGGGCGGAUGAGCUGAACGGAUGUGCGUGAGGUUUCAGCAACGAGCCAACACUCUGGGGAUCCUGUUUCCAAAGCUCGGGGGCUGCAGUGAAGGCGGGUCCGGCUGGCGGACGACGACGGCGACACACAAAGCAAACAAAAGCAGCAAAGGAACAACACUUCCUGUCCUGGAUGUACGCUCACCUUGUCACACAGGUGACCCGACACCUUUGUCAACUCCUGUUCUCACCUUAUCCACUCCGAGGGCAAAGAAAAACCCUGUGGUCGUUUCAUGUUAAUCAGCCAUGUUUUUAUCAUUUGAAAUAAUUUCAAAUAAAAGUGGGGGAAAAGGGUA